CCGGAGACCGCGGUGCCGCACAGGCCGCUAGCACCGGCUCAGCUCUGGCGGGCCCGGACGCGCAGGGUGUGGAGGCAGGAGGGGGGUGCGCCGCGGUCAGUGGGGUGACGGUGGUGGCCGGAGAAGGGUGCGCAUCCGGAAGGUGGAGAGCCGGGACCAACAUGAGAUCAUACCUGGUUUUCGGUGCCCUGCUACUGACAGGCUCGGCUCUGACGGCCGUCGUGCCGGUUCUACCCAAGACGCUGCUACCGCCACCUGCUGAGCGCCCUGAGAACCAUCAGCUAGGUGGCGCUGUGCACCAGACUCUGACCGUCGGCUCAGAGGGUGGUGGUUCGGUGGCGGCUCGCGUCAUCGAAAUCACUGAUGACGUCACCGAUGAUUGGAUCAACGAGGUGUCGCUGAGACGGAGAAGGCGCGAUAACGCACGGGUACAGCGUCAGGCCGAGUACGAGUCAGUGGACCGGUACGAUGGGCCGGUACAGGACCGGUACAGCGAGUACCAGGACGCCCCUCAGAACGAGUUUUUCCCUGAGGACAUUGAGGAGGUCCGCUACACAAACCCUCAGGCCUUGGACUCAGAGGCGUCCGCUUCCACGCAGGAGUACAACCCGUACCAGCUCUUCCCAGAAAGUUUCCACGAUUUGCUGGACAUCCCGAUCCACGUCUACAAGAAUGGUACCGAGGUUCGCACUCAUGAGCGGCCUCCAUCUCAGCCCGGUCAACCUACGGUCAGCGGAGGCUACGCCAACACUAACCUUCAAGGGUACGGCCAGAGCGGCUCCAACCGACCCUCGCCACGUCCAGUCUUCACACGGCCGACGACCUCUGCCACAAGACGACCCACAAGGAGGCCAGAGACACCGCCUCCACGCCGCACCCAGCCGCCCAGGGUGACCGAAGUGCCGCACUUCGUGACGACCACGCCACGCGCCAAGAUUGUCACGCCGGGAAGCGGCAAAUUUGGCGCGCACGUUCCCGAAGAUCCUCGCCGACCGGUCACCGUCAAACCGUUGCAUGAAUUACCCGAUCGCGUCUCGGCGUUCGGCUUCGGCUUCGGUGCUGCAGCUGGUGAGGAGACAGAGUCAAAGCCAGAGGUGCCACGAGUGUCACUGCACGAGAAAUUGGCAAUCGGAAGACGGCCGGAGAAAACGCGCAAGCGCGUGCCGUAUGGACAGCGGCCUUCCUCCGAUAGCAAACGUCCCUAUGUCGACUGGACGAGAAACGAAGAAGAGGACCAAGAAGAGGAAGCCAGCACAGAGGGAGACAAAAACAUUUCAGGAUCUCUUUCAGAGUAUUUCGCUGCCAACACUGAUUAUGCUGCCGCUUUCGGUGGUUUCGGCCAAAAGAAGGACACCGGUGUUGUUGCUUUUACAACCACCACCACUACCACGACAACGACUACCACCCAGCCGCCAGCGGAGGAAGAGGUGUACCAUGUCACUCCGAGUGCCGUGGAUCCUCCCUCCUGGCAGCUCCAAUGGACUACCCCAGAGCCAGUCGAGGAGCACAAGAAGCCACACAAGAAGCCCAUCUUCAAGAAACCGGUGUUCCAACAAGAGAACCUUCCGACUGAUGUGGGUGUCGAGACACCAGUGGAUGUGUCUCAUCCCGAGCAUCGCACACCGACUGAUGAACAUCAGAAGACGUUCGAACAUCAGGAGAACGGACACAACCAGCCACACACUCAGGAACAAAAUCAUGGCUCUCACUUCGGUUUCCAACAAGAGCAGCACCAGCAGCAACAUCCUGAACAGGAAGAGUACCGCCGCCCUGAAGUAGAGACGCCGCAGCAGAAGCCCUUCUCUCAGCCUAUCGAUCCCUAUUCUCCAAUCCAAGACCCGUUCUCGCAGGCUCAGGGUCCUUCGUUCUCACCCAAAGAGCCCGAGUUCAAUCCCCACCAGGAGCAGUUCCAUCAGCAGCAGUUCCAGCCCCCGACUCCUGAUCUCGAGGCUUCCAUCAGCGUCACCAGCGGACCAAACCUCUCCGCUGGCCCAGGCUCUGGCAUCAAGCAGCUGCCGGGACCGAAUUUCGGCGGCCCGCCCUCGCCAGGACCCGUGGCCCGACCUCCGCGACCCUUCAGACGACCUCAGGGGCUUCCGCCACGACCAGGUCGUCCGCAGAGGCCUCCUGUUGGAGACAGGCGUCCCAUUCCGCAGCAGGGACGGCCGGCGCCACCGAGCGGGGGACGUCCAGUGACUGGCUUUGCUGGAAGGCCCCCCGUGCCGCUGGAAGCCCGUCCCGUCCCAGGAGGAGACCCAAGGCCGGCGUCGCGUCCGCGGAGGCCCCCGCCGACCAAGAAGCCGUCAGGAGGUGGAUACCUCGAUAGCUUCCUCAGCUGGUUCCGCGGCGAUGAAGACGAAGAGGGUGAGCCAUCGCCAAGGCCUCUUCUGCCGAACUCUCGUCCGGCGCCUGCGGAUUAUCGACCCCAGGACUUCCAGCACCGACCUCCGGCGAUCUCCAACCGUCCUAAUAAUCCUCAACGGCCAGGUCUGGCACCCCAGGGCUUCCCUCCAGGAUUCGGCGAGGGCCCGAGCCCACCGUUCACCCCGCCUCCUCCUCCUCGCUUUGUCCCUGGCCAAAGUCCCGACGGCAAUCCUAGCCUCGAGCGCGCCCCUGGCAACUUCGUCCGCCGCGAUCCUCCGCAAGGAGGCGCCGAUCUGGGCUUCGGCAGUGGGUCGAGACCGUCUGACCAGUUUGGAGUUCUCCCGCAGUUCCGUCCUGGAGUCGCCGGAGUGCCCAGGCUCGCUCACAGAAGACGAGGGACGGUGCAGAGGCGGCGCGGUUCGGCGGCGUCGGCACGUCUUCCCAACCAGCAGACGGUGACGACCAAGACGACGAAACUCACCAGUGUCGCUCCUUCCUCGGAGCGCGCGUCCGAAAGUGUCACCGAGUACGUCGUUGCGACGCCGAUGCCCACGCGUCGUCGUCGCCCGCGGCCGCGUCCGUCGGCCUCUCAAACACCUCCUCGACGCCGAGUUGACGUCGCUCGACCGGCCUCCGACGAUCCGCGUCCACCGCUGGUGGGGCGCCCCACGGCGCGACCGGCAACCCUGCUCAACGAGAAGAGGAUCAUGGUAGUGGGGCCGUUCACAGCCCCGCCACCAGGUGCGCCUUACAUCCAGCACCCCGAUGAGGUCACCAGAGGAGAUGUCAUGGCCAGAAAUGCCGCACCGACAGGCGAAAUGGCGAGAAAGACUGCGACAGACUCGGCGCAGUCGGCUCGUCCAGUCGUGGUAGGGGCAGCCGCGUCGUCUACCAGCGUCGGCGCCAAGCUGAGCUUCUCGGCGCCGGCGGCAGAUGUCGCGUCGGUCAGAGCGACCUCGACGCCCGCUGUGGUUAGCGGGAAAGCGGGCAUUGCACAGGCACCGUCACGGGAGGAAUCCGACUCGACAACCGUCACCAAAAUAGCUAAAAACACGGGAGAAUUCAAAGAACCCGAGCUGUAUGGUGGAUUUAGACCUAUCGUUAACUAAAAUAUUUCGUCACUAGAGGUAGGCUGCACAUAGCCAGUGGCAGCCUUACGGCAUUUUUCAUAACUGAUAUUCAUCAUUUAAAAUGCAGAGUACCAACAUGUAGUGAAAUAGCUUCAUUAGAUGAACAUUGUGUGUCUGAUAGCACCUAGUACUAGCUGGGAAUCUAUCAAGUUAAGUUUAAAUUAUUGAUGAUAUUUAUUUGAUGUCGCUGCAAUGAGGCACUGAUUGUAAAUUGUGAGCGAGUCGCUCGGUGUUCUGUGCGUUUUCUAUUUAGUGUUCAUUAUUAAUCUGGCACCCGACCGCUGAGCAGCAGUGGAAUGGUGUUUUUUUUUUUUGUACUGGCCAGUGUUUCAUAUGUGACUUAAGCAAUCGCAGGUGCUCAGGUUUCUUGUUUAUGAAGCAACUACGAAGUUACGUGACACCAACGAUUGUGGGCGUCAUAAACAGGCGUCAUAAGCAUAAACAUCCACAUGUUUGACAUGGUUAUGACUUACUAGUUACGACCAGCUUCCUCGGCUAGCAAUGUUGAUAUCCAGUAUUUUUACUGCAUUAAAAAUUAUGCUUAUAUAGGCAGUUAGCUUGUCUUGUUUUGGUUUUCUUUGUAAACCCCUUAAUUUAUUGCAUUUUAUUUAUUCUCAAGCCUAAAGGCUGUUGUUAAUGUACCUAUUUUUGUUAAUUUUUCAGCUCAGUGCCGGAAGUCGCUGUUUUUAUUUGGUGCCGACCUGCAUGGCAUAUGGCCCUGGUCGAGCAUCAUGCUCUGUUGUUAUUGUUUAUUUAUUAUUAUGUUCUUUGUGUGGGCAAUGUUAUGCGUAUCUUGUGAUCAAUUUUACAAAUAAAGCCAGAAAAGGAAGAA